GUGAGAUUGCAUGACUGUUAAUCUGCGGCUAAUGUGUCAUCAACCUGCGACACAUGCGCUUCAAGGAAUAAGCGCCACACUUUUACCGAGAGGGAAAUCGUUUUGGCAUUUCCAGCGUUUCAAGUUUACAGCCACAUUUACACCAGUUUGGGGCGGGCAUUGGGAAUAAGGUUAAUGCAUCAUGAGUUUGUUUGGGACAAGCUCCGGUUUUGGAACAGGAGGAACAGGUGUCUUCGGAAGCACGACAACAGACAGUCACAACCCCAUGAAGGAUGUUGAAGUGACUUCACCCCCAGAUGACAGCAUCAGCUGUCUGGCCUUCAGUCCCCCCACCAUGCCAGGGAACUUCCUCAUUGGAGGAUCCUGGGCUAACGACGUACGGUGCUGGGAGGUGCAGGACAAUGGACAGACUGUCCCCAAAGCCCAACAGAUGCACACAGGCCCAGUGCUGGAUGUAUGCUGGAGCGAUGAUGGAAGUAAAGUCUUCACAGCUUCCUGUGACAAAACAGCAAAGAUGUGGGAUCUUAACAGCAACCAGGCAAUGCAGAUUGCACAGCAUGAUGGUCCCAUUAAAGCUAUCCACUGGAUAAAAGCCCCGAACUACAGCUGUAUCAUGACCGGCAGCUGGGACAAAACACUGAAGUUCUGGGACACCCGCUCUCCCAAUCCUAUGAUGUCGCUGCAGAUGCCAGAAAGAUGCUACUGUGCAGAUGUUGUGUAUCCCAUGGCAGUGGUUGCCACAGCUGAGAGAGGCCUGAUCGUGUACCAGCUAGAGAACCAGCCUUCCGAGUUCCGCAGAAUAGACUCUCCUCUCAAACAUCAGCACCGCUGUGUCGCUAUAUUCAAGGACAAGCAGAACAAACCUACAGGUUUUGCUCUGGGAAGCAUUGAAGGCCGAGUGGCGAUCCACUAUAUCAACCCUCCAAACCCAGCCAAAGAUAACUUCACCUUCAAGUGCCACAGGUCCAAUGGAACCAACACAACUACUCCACAGGACAUCUAUGCUGUGAAUGCCAUCUCCUUCCAUCCUGUCCAUGGCACACUGGCUACUGUGGGCUCAGAUGGACGCUUCAGUUUCUGGGACAAAGACGCCCGCACCAAGUUGAAGACCUCAGAGCAGCUCGACCAGCCCAUCACAGCCUGCUGCUUCAACCACAACGGCAACAUCUUCGCAUACGCUUCUAGCUACGACUGGUCAAAGGGCCACGAGUACUACAACCCCCAGAAAAAGAACUACAUCUUCCUGAGGAACGCUGCAGAGGAGCUGAAACCUCGGAACAAGAAAUGAUUCGUCGUGCCAAAUCGCAUCUCUUGUGGGGAAUUGCGGAAGACCUGCUGCUUUAGUGUGUGUAUACGCUCGAGACAGACUCCUUCCUUUCGGCAAACACCUGGACCAAUGCCGUGAUGCAGUGUACUGUGCAUGGACCAAUCAGACGGCCCUACCCAACCUGGCAUUGAUGACCGCUGCAUGACAUUUGGUUUUAGAGCUCAUCAUAGAAAGGGAGGGAUUUAUUUGUCAUUCAUCUGGAUUGUUUGAUGAUUCUUUUAUGUGUCUUCAUUUUUUUUUUUUUUUUUUUUUUUUACAGCUUUCCUAAGGCUUUUCAUUCACUGAUGACUUGCUGUUACUCGUCAUGGUUUAACUCCAUAAAUGAAACUGGGAUGUAAAAUAAAUAAGUGCAUACUCCUAGAUUUGAACAUGUUUAUUCCAACUUGAGGGAGUAUAAAUAUUUGCAAUCGAUUUAGAGAAGGGACAAGUAUUGUGCAUGCAAAGGCACCGCCAUCGGGGCGUCACCACUGACUCAUGUUUCAGGUGUUAAUCUCGCCGUCAUUGUGCUGUCUGACAUUGGAAUCCUUGCGAAUUCCAAAAGAUAAAACUUUGAACAACAUCUGCAUUUAA